ACCUAGGACCCUCUUACCCUCGGGGAUCGGGACCUUCUCCCCAGAGGCUCCUAAGUGGACACAACUGCUUUUGUCAUCGCUCUUGGAGCCAUGACUUUGCCUCACAGCCCUGGAAGUGUGGGGGCCUCGCAGCCCCCAAGCGCCAUCCAGGUGCACAGGCUGGAACACAGACAGGAGGAGGAGCAGAGGGAGGAGCGACAGCACAGCUUGCGCAUGGGAUCCUCAGUGCGCAGGAGGACCUUCCGCAGCAGGGAGGAAGAGCAUCAGUUCAGCGCCGCCGACUACGCGCUGGCCGCAGCCCUGGCCCUGACGGCCUCCUCGGAGUUGUCCUGGGAAGCCCAGCUGAGGCGCCAGACCUCCGCCGUGGAGCUGGAGGAGCGCGGGCAGAAGCGUGUGGGCUUCGGCAACGACUACGAGCGCACAGAGAUCGGCUACCUGAGCACCCAGAGGCUGCUGCGCCAGCGUCGGGACUGGAAGGCGCUGGGGCAGUGGACAGAGGAGAAGAUCCGAAAGGCCAAGGAGCUGAGGGAGCUGUGUUCUGGCAGGGGACCCUGGUUCUGGAUCCCGCUCCGCUCCCACGCCGUCUGGGAGCACACCACGGUCCUGCUGACCUGCACCGUCCAGGGCUCACCUCCGCCCCAGGUCACCUGGUACAAGAAUGAUGUGCGGAUCGAUCCUCGCCUCUUUCCUGCUGGCAAGUACCGAAUCACCAACAACUAUGGGCUUCUGUCCCUGGAGAUCAGGAGAUGCACCAUGGAGGACUCGGCCACCUACACGGUGAAGGUGAAGAAUGCCUACGGCCAGGCCUCCUCCUUCGCCAAAGUCCUUGUCCGCACUUACCUGGGGAAGGAGGCUGGCUUUGAUUCUGAGAUCUUCAAAAGAUCCCUGUUCGGCGCCAGUGUGGAAUUCACAUCCGUGCUGAAGCCCAUCUUUGCCCGUGAGAAGGAGCCUUUCUCCCUGUCCUGCUUCUUUUCUGAUGAUGUGCUAGAUGCUGAGCAGAACAUCCAGUGGUUCCAAGAUGGCAGGGCCCUGAGGUCCUCAGGACGACGGCAAAUCCUCUAUGCAGACCGCCAGGCAUCCCUGAAAGUGUCCCACGCCCACAAGGAGGACGAGGGGCUGUACAGCAUCCAGGUUUCCUCACCCUUUGGUCCCCAAGAGCAGAGGGCCUAUGUAUUUGUGAGAGAUGCUGCAGCUGAGAAGCCUGGAGCCCCAGGCUCCCCACUGAAUGUCCACUGCCUGAAUGUGAGCAGAGAUUGCCUCAUCCUGACCUGGGCCCCACCCAGCGAUACCCGGGGCAAUCCCAUCACCGGCUACUCCAUCGAGCGGGGCUGGCUGGCUGCUGCCCAUCCCCCGGGCGAGGUGGUCUCGUUUCUUCUUUACAAAGUAGUUGUCACAGGUGACCACGAUGAAGUCCAGAGGAAGACAGAGAUCCCUUUUGAUCUGGGCAGCAAGAUCACCAUCAGCAUGGCCGAUUUUGAAGAGACCGUGAUCAUCCCCUCGCCCCCGACCAAUGUCCACGCCAGCGAGAUCCGGGAGGCCUAUGUGGUUCUAAGCUGGGAGGAACCAAAGCCCCGGGGCAAAGCCCCACUGACCUAUGCCCUGGAGAAGUCGGUCAUAGGUAGUGGUACCUGGGAGGCCAUCAGCUCAGAACACCCGGUGAAAUCUCCAAGGUUCGCCCUCCUGAACCUGGAGAAGGGGAAAUCAUAUGUCUUCAGAGUGCGGGCCAUGAACCAAUAUGGCAUGAGCGACCCCUCGGAGCCCAGCGAGCCCAUCGCCCUGAGAGGCAAGACAGCUACUCUCCCCCCACCAGCUCAAGUGCAAGCUUUCCGAGACACGCAGACCUCUGUGUCCCUGACUUGGGAUCCCGUGAACGCUGGUGCCGAGCUCCUGGGAUAUUACAUCUACUCCAGGGAGGCAGGAUCCUCUGAGUGGCAGACAGUCAACAACAAGCCCAUCCAGGACAGGAGGUUUACAGUUCCAGGGCUGAGAACAGGGAAGGAGUAUGAGUUUUGUGUCAAGUCAGUCAGUGAGGCCGGCGUGGGUGAGAGCUCAGCCCCCACGGAGCCCAUCAGGGUCAAGCAGGCACUGGCCACCCCGUCGGCUCCAUAUGAUUUUGCCCUCCUGCACUGCGGGAAGAAUGAAAUGAUCAUCGGGUGGAAACCUCCCAAGCGUCGUGGAGGCGGCAAGAUCCUGGGCUACUUCCUGGACCAGCACGACUCAGAGGAGCCAGACUGGCACCCCGUCAACCAGCAGCCAGUCCCCAGCCGGGUCUGCAAGAUCAGCAACCUCCACGAAGGCCACUUCUAUGAGUUCCGUGCCCGGGCAGCAAACUGGGCAGGUGUGGGUGAGCUGUCAGCGCCCAGCAGCUUGUUUGAAUGCAAAGAGUGGACAAUGCCCCAGCCAGGCCCCCCGUACGACGUGCAGGUGACCGAAGUACGGGCCACCUCUCUGAUGCUGCAGUGGGAGCCGCCUGUGUACACAGGGGCUGGGCCAGUCACCGGCUACCGCAUCAGUUUCCAGGAGGAAGGCGCUGAGGAGUGGAAGCAGGUCACCCCAGACUCCAUCUCUGACACCCACUUCAGGGUGUCUGACCUGCAGACGGGGAAGAGGUAUGUGUUCCAGGUACAGGCCGUGAAUUCAGCCGGGCUGGGACAACCAUCGAUGCCCACUGACCCCGUGCUCCUGGAGGACAAGCCAGGUGCCCAUGAGAUCCAGGUUGGUGUGGAUGAGGAAGGCCAGAUCUACUUGGCUUUCGAAGCCCCCGAGGCCCCCGAUGACUCGGAGUUUCAGUGGUCCAAAGACUACCAGGGUCCGCCGGACCCCCAGAGGGUCCAGGUCAAGGAUGAACCUAACAAGUCCAAGGUCAUCCUGAAAGAACCUGGCCUUCAGGAUUUGGGCACCUACACAGUGGUAGUCACCGAUGCUGAUGAAGACAUCUCUGCAAGCCACACACUGACUGAGGAGGAGCUGGACAAGCUGAAGAAGUUGAGCCACGAGAUCAGAAACCCAGUGAUCAAGCUGAUCUCCGGCUGGAACGUUGACAUCCUGGAGCAAGGGGAGGUGCGGCUGUGGCUGGAAGUGGAAAAGCUGUCCCCGGCUGCCGAGCUGCACCUCAUCUUCAAUGAGAAGGAGAUCUUCAGCUCGCCGAACCGCAAAAUCAACUUUGACCGUGAGAAGGGCCUGGUGGAAGUGAUCAUCCAGCACCUGUCUGAAGAUGACAAAGGGUCCUACACCGCUCAGCUCCAAGAUGGAAAAGCCAAAAACCAGAUCACCCUGGCCCUGGUGGACGAUGAUUUUGACCAACUUCUGAGGAAGGCAGAUGCCAAGAGAAGAGACUGGAAACGAAAACAGGGUCCCUACUUCCAGGAACCUUUGCAGUGGAAGGUCACCGAGGACUGCCAAGUGCUGCUAACGUGCAAGGUGACCAACACCAAGAAGGAGACUCGCUUCCAGUGGUUCUUCCAGAAGAGAGAGGCACCCGAUGGUCAGUACGACCCACAGACCGGAGAGGGGCUUAUUUGCAUUGAGGAGCUGUCCAAAGAGGACAAGGGACUCUAUAGAGCAGUGGUUUCUGAUGAUCGCGGGGAGGAUGACACCGUCUUGGACCUCACAGGCGAAGCCCUGGACGCCAUCUUCACUGAGCUGGGCAGGAUUGGUGCCCUCUCUGCAACUCCACUGAAGAUUCAGGGGACCGAGGAGGGCAUCCGGCUCUUCAGCAAGGUCAAGUACUACAAUGUGGAAUACAUGAAGACCACCUGGUUCCACAAAGAUAAGCGCCUGGAGAGCGGCGAUCGGAUCAGAGCAGGCACCACCCUGGAUGAGAUCUGGCUGCACGUCCUGGACCCCAAAGACUCAGACAAGGGCAAAUACACCCUGGAAAUAGCUGCCGGGAAGGAAGUCCGGCAGCUCUCAGUGGAUCUCUCAGGGCAAGCUUUUGAUGACGCCCUGGCUGAACACCAGAGACUGAAAGCCUUGGCCAUCAUCGAGAAGAAUCGCGCCAAGGUAGUGAGGGGCCUGCCAGAUGUGGCCACCAUCAUGGAAGACAAGACCCUGUGCCUGACCUGCAUCGUCUCAGGAGACCCCGCCCCUGAGAUCUCUUGGCUGAAGAAUGAUCAGCCUGUGACCUUCCUUGACCGCUAUCGCAUGGAUGUGAAGGGAGCAGAAGUGACCAUCACCAUCGAGAAGGUCAACAGUGAGGACAGUGGGCGUUAUGGUGUCUUUGUCAAGAACAAGUACGGCUCUGAGACAGGCCAGGUCACCAUCAGUGUGUUCAAACACGGGGAUGAGCCCAAGGGGCUGAACAAGAUGUGAUGGGUGUGCCCUGGCACAGCCCGAGGUCCCGUCUGCAGGAACAGCAGGACCAACCAGUGGGUCACAGCCUGGCACGGGCCAUGGGGCAGGGAGAGGGAAGGGGACAGGAUGGGACCCAGCGCUUAAAGGUAGGAGUAGAGUGACACGCUGAAGGGAGAAGCAAAGCUCUGGCUAGAGUCCUAAGAGGGCUUCAGGAUGGAUGGGUGAGAGCUGGACUUGGAAUAGGAAACUUAGAUGUGAGACUCAGUCUCCAACAGUCUCUUCAAAGCCUUGCCUUUCUUGUCAUCAAACAAGCAUCCCGACAAAUACUGGGGAUCAUCGGCAGAAGCUCCUUAUGACCCAUAUUCAGGUGCCUCUAGAUGGGUGGCAGCUUAGCUCUACAGAGGACAUUUGGCAGUGUUGAGAUUUUGGGUUGGCACAACUGCAGAUGUCCGCUGGUAUCUAGGUCAAGGCCAAGCGUGUUGCUGCACACCACAGCUUUCACCACGCGGAACUAUCCAAUCUAAGAUGUCAACAGUGCCAAGGUCAAUGAAGGCUGCCACAUACCAGGAUAUCACAAUCCUCCUCUCUCUCUCUCUCUCUGUCUCCUUUUUUUU